AUACCACUGAGGACUGCAACAACCAUCUGCUAUGCCCAGAAAACGCCAAGUGUGUGAACAACACCCACUGCACCUGCCUGGAUGGAUACCAGACAAGUGGGAAUCACCCCGUCUUCUUCACCGACCCAACGGAGAUCUGUGACGAUAUUAACGAGUGUCUGGGGCCGAGCCCGCCAUACUGCGGACGCAACGCAAACUGCAUUGACGUGGCUGGGAGUUACUACUGCACCUGCAUCCCUGGCUACGAGCCCAGCUCUGGGAAAGCCAAGUUCAUGAACGCGAGUGAGAACACCUGCCAGGAUAUUGACGAGUGUCAGGGCCCGAGCCCGGCAGACUGCGGAGCCCACGCAAACUGCACCAAUGUGGCUUGGAGUUACUACUGCACCUGCAUCGAUGGCUACGAGCCCAGCUCUGGGAAAGCCAACUUCAUGCACGCGAGUGAGAACACCUGCCAGGACAUUGACGAGUGCCAGCGAAACACCACAAUCUGUGAGCCCCACGGGAACUGCAUCAACAUGCCAGGGAGUUACAUGUGUAAAUGCAGUUGGGGAUUUGGGAAGAGUCAAAAGGAUCCGUCUAAGAUGUGCACAGACAUCGACGAGUGCCAGAUAUCCCCAGAUAUCUGCGGCCCCAACGCCAUGUGUAUCAACACCAAUGGGAACUACCGGUGUGAGUGCCGGGCCGGCUACAUCCCCUCCAACAGGAACACGACCCUGUGCCAAGCCCCCAGCAUUAACUCCAGAGCUCAGUUCAAGGGAAUCAAAGAGACGUGCAGGAAUUUCUCUCUGCAGGGAAAACGGAGCGGCAGAAGCAGCAGUUUUUGCUCUUUCUUUAAUUCGACCUUAGACAUUUUGAUGUCCACAUCCGGAGAUGGGAAUACGGAGUUAUCACUGGAGAACGUGACUCUCAGUUUCAACGCCAUCCUGAACAGCACCUCCCUCUGGGAUGGCGGAGACAAGUGGGAGGUGGGGUCAGCCGUGACGGUCCUGCUGCAGAGCGUGGAACUGGCCACGCUGGCCACUGCGCUCCGGUCUCCGGAGAGGACAACCCAGAAUGUGACGACAGAGUCUAUGGCUGUCCAGACACGGCUCGUCACAGGGAACUGCAGCCGGGACAGUGAGAUCAUCACGCUGAGAGCUCACGAGGAGACGAUGGACGUGCACUGUGAUACAGUCACCGGGGCAGCCACACAAGAGCCGUGGAGUUGUAGGUGGCCUCUGGUUCACUAUAGACAUGUGAUAACAGAAACGACGUUCUGUGGUCCUGUGAGGCUGAGGAUGAUUCUGUUGUGUUUCCAGGCUAAAAAAGAGGAGGAAGAGGCUCUCUGCGUCUACUGGAAAGUAGUGGCCGAGAGCGGCAGCUGGUCUCCGGACGGCUGCACCACCGUGCACAUAAACAGCACUCAAACCAACUGCAGCUGUGACCAUCUCUCCAGCUUCGCCGUCCUAAUGGCUCCCCCCACAGUGACGGCAAGUUACCAACAGACCAUCAUCACCUAUGUGGGACUGACCAUCUCCCUGCCAUGCCUCUUCCUCGCCAUCCUCACCUUCCUCCUGUGCCGCUCCAUCCGCAAUGUCAGCACCUCCCUCCACCUGCAGCUCUGCCUCUGCCUCUUCCUGGCCGACCUGCUCUUCCUCACCGCUGUGACCCUCAUCGGCAGUCAGGUGGAGUGUGCUGUCAUUGCUGGCCUCCUACACUACCUCUUCCUGGCCUGCUUCUCCUGGAUGUUCCUGGAGGGGCUGCACCUCUUCCUCACAGUCAGGAACCUGAAGGUCGUGAAUUACACCAGCGCCAGCCGGUUCAAGAAGAGAUUCAUGUACCCGUUCGGCUACGGAUUCCCAGCCCUGGUGGUGGCUAUUUCUGCAGCGGUGAAUCCUGACGGCUACAGAACUUCCAAACACUGCUGGCUCAGCCUGGAGAGAGGCUUUCGUUGGAGCUUCCUGGGUCCAGUCUGUGCCAUAAUCCUGAUAAAUAUAAUGUUCUUUGCCCUGACCCUGUGGAUCCUGAGAAACAGACUCUCCUCCCUCAAUGCAGAUGUGUCCACCCUCAGAGACCACAGGUUACUGACCUUUAAAGCCAUCGCCCAGCUCUUCAUUCUGGGCCGCACAUAGAGCCUUGGUCUCCUCCAAGUCGGCCCAGCAGCCACGGUCAUGGCGUAUUUAUUCACCAUCGUCAACAGCCUGCAGGGAGCCUUCAUCUUCCUGGUGCACUGUCUCCUCAAUCGCCAGGUAAUGCCCACGCCCCAUCAGCGCCCACACAGCACCUUCACUGGCCUUGCGGUGGCCAUGUCUGAUCUUCUCCGAGUCAGUUACAUAGUGCAGUGA